AUGGUGGGUGAUUCUAAAGUCAAAGUUCCAAUGGCGUUCGGAACAAAACUCACACCUUCUCUUGAUAAACCAGCAACUGAUAUGUCAUUGCGUGCCAAUAUUAUGUUUGUCGUGUGUUAUUGUGCCAGAUUUCAAGCCAACCCUCGAGAACUUCACAUGUUGGCAGUCAAGAACAUCUUUCAGUAUCUGAAGCAAACUACUUCUCUUGGACUAUGGUAUCCAUCAAAUUUAGGAUUCUGUGUGCAAGCAUAUUUUGAUGUUGACCUAGGUGGAUGUGGACUUGAUCGGAAAAGUACAUCAGGGGGAUGUCAGCGUCUGGAUGAAAAACUUGUUAGUUGGCAAUCUAAGAAACUAACAUGUAUAUAUUUGUCAACUGUGGAAGCUGAAUAUAUAGCAACUGCAUAA